AUGGAAGAAGAUGAAGAGACUCAGGAGAAGCAGGAAGAGUAUAUUGAAGAGACCACCACGGAAGUCAAAGGCUCCCAGGUUGAGAUCAUGGAAAGUGCGCAGGCCAGCUUCGAAGAAGGGCCCAUAUCCGCUGGGGAUGACCAGCAAGGAGCGGCAGAAGCCGACGAGGGCUUUGUUCCCGAGUCUGAGAACGAAGAUGCUGAACACGAAGAGGAUGAAGACGAAGACGAAGGCCCAGUAACCCGGAGAAGAACUCGUCCAAACAGAAGCCAGCAAAUCGAGGAGCCCGAGCAGCCAGAUGAAGAGGAACCGUCAGGGCCUCGUCGCUCCAGUCGAAAGAAACCGAAGAGUUCUCAGCGAAAGCGAUUGAAUGAUGAGGAGAGCGACUUUGAACCCGAAGAGGAAGACUCGAACGAUGAUGAUGAGGUAUCCCAGACCGGAAAAUCCAACGCAUCUCCCCGUAAAGCCAGUCAAGCACGCGAUGAUGAAGAGGACAGCGCCGCCGGACGGCGUCCUGGUCUUCGCAAGAGGGCGUCUCGAUCUCGUGGGCAAUCCGAAGCGGCGGCUGAUAUUGCAGAAGAACUCGCCGAAGAACUUGAGGAUCUGAGGGGUGGCCGACCUCGUAGAAGAUUACAGACGGAUAUUGUCGAUGAUGAAGGGUUGCAUCACCCACGUGGCUCCGUUGCCGGUGUGGGAUCUGCUCUUGGGCCACACGGCGCUGGUCUUCUCCCCGGCCAGACGCAAACACACGACGCUGCGCAAGGUCUCUCAGGGACUCCGGCAAACCUGGGCAAAGUCAAGGAUAAGCAGGCGCUUGCGGAUGCAGACCCGUUAGGUGUGGAUAUGAGUGUCAAUUUCGAUAGCGUUGGAGGCUUGCAGGGCCAUAUUGAUCAGUUGAAGGAAAUGGUGUCUCUUCCUCUGCUAUACCCGGAGAUCUUCCAGCGUUUCCACAUCGUGCCGCCUAGAGGAGUUCUCUUCCAUGGUCCUCCUGGAACGGGUAAAACCCUUUUAGCCAGAGCCUUGGCGAACAGUGUCAGCUCCGAAGGCCGUAAAGUCACAUUCUACAUGAGAAAAGGAGCUGAUGCGCUAAGCAAAUGGGUGGGUGAGGCUGAAAGACAGCUGCGACUACUAUUCGAGGAAGCUCGUAAAACACAGCCUAGCAUUAUCUUUUUCGACGAAAUUGAUGGUCUGGCUCCAGUGAGAUCAAGCAAACAGGAACAGAUCCAUGCGUCUAUCGUCUCUACUCUGCUAGCGUUGAUGGAUGGUAUGGAUGGCCGUGGUCAAGUCAUUGUUAUUGGUGCCACCAAUCGACCUGAUUCGAUUGACCCUGCUCUACGCCGUCCGGGUCGUUUUGAUCGAGAGUUCUACUUCCCCCUGCCGAAUGCCGAAGGUCGGCGCGCUAUUCUCGACAUCCAUACCAAGGGCUGGGAUCCACCUCUUCCGGGCCAUAUCAAGGAUGAGCUGGCUGAGAUCACUAAGGGUUAUGGAGGAGCCGACCUUCGUGCUCUUUGCACAGAAGCCGCUCUUAAUGCAGUACAAAGAAGAUAUCCUCAAAUCUACAAAUCCGACAAGAAGCUUCUUAUCGAUCCGAAGAACAUCGAUGUCACCCCGAAGGACUUUAUGCUCGCGAUCAAGAAGAUGGUCCCAUCAUCAGAGAGGUCCACUUCAUCCGGCGCCUCGCCGCUCCCCAAGGAAGUCGAACCGUUACUACGUCAUCCUCUGGCCGACAUUAGAGCCCUGCUCUCCGAAAUUCUUCCACAAAGAAAACGGCUCACUGCUUUGGAAGAAGCACAAUUUGAGGAGCCCGAGGGCGCUGGAAGUUUCCAACGCGAGCAGAUGCAACAGGAAUUCGACAGGUCGCGAGUUUUCAGGCCCAGGAUGCUGCUUCGCGGACUAAUGGGCAUGGGCCAACAGUAUCUGGCGGCUGCCAUUUUGCACUACUUUGAAGGACUGCACGUGCAAUCGUUCGAUUUGCCUACUCUCCUUAGUGAUUCGACUCGGUCCCCGGAAGCAGCUGUCAUACAGCUCUUUGCAGAGGUCAAGAGACAUAGGCCAAGUGUGAUAUACAUUCCCAACAUAGAAAGUUGGUCCGAAACCGUUGGGCAAGCCGUUCUCUCCACCUUCUUGGGUUUGCUGCGGUCGAUACCUCCCACUGAUCCUGUCUUGCUUCUCGGAGUCCAGGAGAUAACAGGAGAAGAAAUCGACACCGGGCUGCUACGGCAGAUGUUUGGGUUUUCGAAGAGAAACUUUUACGACCUGAAAGCGCCAGGAAAUGAAGCACGGUACGAGUAUUUCAGUAAGGUAGUCGAGUACAUCAAAACCUCGCCAGCGCAUUUUCCGGAUCCCGAGAACCGUAAGAAGAGGGAACUCGAGACCCUGGAGAUUGCGCCUCCACCUCCGCCAAAGCCCACAACGCCACUCACCAAGGAGCAGCUAAAAGCUCAGAAAAAGAAAGAUCACCAAACGCUGAAUCUUCUAAAAAUUAGGAUCCAGCCUAUCAUGGACCAGAUCAAGAAGUACAAACGGUUCAGAACCGGUGUGAUCGAUGAGUCUCAGAUCCGGUACCUCUGGGAAGAGGAUGAUCCCAACAUCGUCACAAGCGAUCUACCGAUUGAACAGCGGACCACCUUCCGGCCAUUCGAGAAGGCUUAUGACAAACACGGCGUCCCGGGACUCUGGGAAACCGUGUCGGGUAAAUUCUUCUACAAUAUGGAAAUCGUUACCAUCGAAAAGCGCCUCUCCAAUGGAUACUAUAAACGACCCAGUGACUUCCUGGCGGACAUAAAGCGACUAGCCAAAGAUGCACGACAGACUGGCGAUCAAGAGAGGAUCUUGAGAGCCAACGAGCUUCUGUCUAACGUUGAAGUUGAUAUCUCCACCAUCGAGCAGGCCGAGCCGCAGCUCGUCGCAGAAUGCGAGAAUGUCUACAUUCGGGAACUGGCAAGGGAAAAGGCCGCAGCUGAAAAGGCCAAGAGGGUCGAGGAAGCAGAAAAGGGAGGCUUUUUGGGUCACACGGCGAACCAUAAUGUACCGCAUGGUAAUACCGAGUCGGGUCCUUCAAGUGGCCCUGUGGUGCUAGGCGAGACAUUCCCUGACCUCGCUCCCAAGGAGCAGGCCAGACCGGUAACGCCGACACGACAAUCAACGGCAAGCUUCUUGACCAACGGCUACCAUCAAAGCGGAGGCUCAGAUCUCAAUGAUCUGAGCGCCCGUGGACCGACAAGCAAUGAGCAUCUACCAGACACGCAGCAAUGUGACAGCAGCCAGCCGUCACCGAGGCCACGCGAGUCUCUUCCCGGAAACGCAGACUCGCAGCCCGAACACCAUGUGAAUGGCAGUCAGUCGCAACCGAAAACACAACCACCCGUGCCUCUUUUCGAUGAAUCCACAAAGCCGUCAUCUCAUCCGCCAGUUAAUCUCCAUUCGAUACUGAACGAUGAGGACCACUCACCAAAGCUAAUCGUGGACUCUGAGUAUGUCCAGAAUCUGCACGAGCAGCUCACCCAGCGGACCAGUGGCUGCUCGGUGGAGCAGCUUGAGCAGAUCAACACUAGCCUAAUGGACUACCUGUGGCGCACGCGUGGUGAAUGGAACCGCAGCAAAGUGGCCGCUGGAAUUCGGGACUCAUUCAAUGAGAUCCUCGAAGACAUGCAGGCGAUGCAGGAAAUUGGUCCUAUCAGUCAAAGGACGAAGGAACAGUUGGGUUCAUCAUUCGAACACCUGUAA